AUGGCAUCGCAACCCCAGCAUCGUUUGUCUCGUUUCGAGCCCUGUGCCUCCACCGCAUCUUUUUUUGUAUACGCACAGGAUUCUGUCAUCACUUGUCUACAUCAUGACACAUUGGCGGUAGAGCGCCGCUUCACCAGCCAUCAGGACAACAUCGACUUCAUAGCGGUCGACAACGUCAGUGAGCGUGGAGCUGGGAGAUUGGUCGUCAGCUACGAUGUGGGCCAAACUGCAAUUGUCUGGGAUAUUUUUACUGGCACUGAGAUCGCACGUUUUGCAUCAUUUGAACAUUUGACGGUUGCUUCGUGGAUGCGCAAUGGCCAUGUUGCUUUUGGCAACGGCAAGGGCGAGGUCAUUCUUUUUGAGCCGCCAACAUCAGAGCACAUUUCGGCCCGUACGAUAUUCGACCCAAUCACCUCUCUCGCACCGGCAGCAGAUUGUCGGACCUAUGCGAUUGGAUAUCAGAAUGGAUCAAUUCUUAUUGCUAACCUUCAACCUCAAUUCACAAUCUUGCAUACAUUGAAUACUUCUAGUGGGCCGUCAGCGAUCAUCUCGUUGUCGUGGCAUGCCUCCUCAUCGAAGCAGAAGUCGGACAUGUUAGCAACCCAGGCCUCAAAUGGUGACUUGCGAGUUUGGAGUGUUGCAAAACCACCUGGAAAAGAGGCGCCUCGAGUGAUUCGUGUCUUGAAAAGAUCCGAUUCGACAUCUGCAGACCCCAAAUGGAUGGCUUGGUCGAAGAAUGGCAAAAUCGUACAAUACUUGGAGGGGGAAACAUGGUCUUGGGACGUUCGAACCAAGCAUGUGACCUAUGAACCGAUCCCCACGAUCCCAGGUGUUCGAGGAAUGGCGAGCUAUGGCCCAACAGCAACGUUGUUUACACUGGGUCCACAGGAUACCGUACAGCAAUAUGAUUUAGAUGCUCCAGCCAUGGUUGCAAAUGUCCAACAUCACGCGAUUAGUUCCAGAACAACAGCUUCUGAAGGAGGGAGAUCGCAGACCAUGUCUCCACGUCGACUUCAAGCCCCGCCAGAGAUCCGUGAAAGGGGCACUGGGAGACGAACACCAUUUGACACCAAUGGCGUAGAGAGUUUGAGACAGGCGCGAGCGGAUGUGGCCAGUCCAGCCUCUUCCAGAAGUCGUACAGAAUCUGUGAGCUCGAAAGCCUCAUCUGAAAAAUAUAGGAUGGAUCGCCCAUUCUCACCACCAAGCCGUUCCGCCCAAAGCGGAACCUCUUUCUCUAUGAGUGAACGAGACACGCCGCAGCCUUCGGCGUCUUACGCCUACGCAUCAUCCAUUUCAAUGUCCUCGGCAAAGAGCUCACGAGCUGGAUCGCGACUGCGCAACGAAGUUCAUUUGAGCCCUGCUGAAAGAAAUAUAGUUGAUCUUUUCCCUUUCACUCGAGCAAGAUUGAACGAUGUCCCAUAUAAACAGACACCACCCCUGGACGAGACACAUCUGACUCCCGACGCCUUGCGGAGGCAAAUGCUUAGCGUGGUCUUUGGGUGGGAUGGUGAUAUUCACGAUCUAUUGAGAGACGAGCUGAGUCGCCACAAGGAAGGAAGCCAAAGCGCAAUCCUGUUAACCAGAUGGCUGAACGAGGACCCUUCAGACCAGCUGGCAGCCAUGCUUGGGCCAGGCCAGGUCACGGUGGCGGACUGGAUGAUAUUAGCUCUCAGUCAGAUGAGCGGGCAGAUGCAGGCAAACAAAGCUGGGCAGGCGUUCGUUCAAAAGCUACUGGAGAUUGGAGACAUCCACACCGCGGCUUCCAUACUCUUGGCCAUGGGGGAUAGCAACGACGCGAUCGAGGUUUAUGUGUCACAAUAUCAUUUUAUGGAGGCUAUCCUCAUGACAUGUCUUCUGAUGCCUACAGACUGGCAACGCCAAUCAUACCUUGUGCGUCGCUGGGGAGAAUUUGUGGUGUCUCACUCUCAGCAACAACUAGCCAUCCGUUGCUUCAUGUGCACAGGCGCCGAGCCCACCGAGCCUUGGACAUCGCCAGCCGCUCAACAGGCUGCUUCCUUUGCAGACAUGAUGCGAGGAAAGUCUCCACUGGCUUCGCCUGAGCCCAUCCAGCCCCUGGGGACAAGUCUCAUGCCGCCCCCAAUCCGCCCGAAAUCCGGAUCAAACCAUCGUCCCUCUGGAAAGACGCCGGCUUUGAAGCUGAUUACUUCCUUCGAUAACCAGUCGAGUAAUAAGUUUCGAUUUCCCGGACUCAAAUCCGAUGAUCGAACGCCUACCAAUGCACCAGGCGUUACUCCGAUUGCAGAAUCUGCGGUGGCUGAUUCGGCUUUAUCUCCUGGUGGUUUCGGUCCUACAAGCUAA